GCAGUCCUUUAGGAGUCGAAUAAACGAACGUAGCCUGCCUUCAGAACAGGUAAAGUAAACAAACAGCAAAUAAGAAACCUGUCGGUUUUUGCAUUGAAAGAGGGAAGCUCACAUCCAGGAUGAAUAUUUGACGUUUCAUCGAGCUGCGGGGCAACGCCAGCGUGGAACCCUCGGCGCGAGGCCCCGUCCGGCCGCCCCCGACGGGGCCCUGAGGCUCCCCGCGGGGGCGCCCAUGGAGCUGCGCGUGUGGCUGGAGGGGGGCCCCCAGCGGGUGGUGUGCGGCGUCACGGACGCCACCACCUGCCAGGACGUGGUGUACGCCCUGGCGCAGGCCACGGCCCAGACGGGGCGCUUUGCCCUGGUGGAGCGCUGCCGACGCUCGGAGCGGGCCCUGGCGCCCUCGGAGCGGCCCCUGCGGCUGCUGGCCCGCUGGGGGCGCUAUGCGGGGGACGUGCGCUUCCUGCUGCGCCGCUGCGGCCCCACGGGCUCGGCAGCCACUCUGGGCCCCUCCGCCCGCAAGUGGGACUCCUCGGGCACCCUGCCUGCCACGCUGCGAGGAGCGGGGGUUCCUCCCAGCCAGCAGGAAGGAGGGGGCAGGCCUCGCUGCCCGCCCCCGUACGACGAAGCAGUCACUCGUCUGGGGCAGCGCUUCUUCCAGCCUAGUCAGCCGCUCCUCGACAAGGAGGGCGAAGAGGGCGGCCCGCUCCGGAAGGAGGCUCCCCCGCUGCAGGUGGUGGUGCCGCCGGCGCUCCAGGGGCCGGGGGACUCGCCCAGCGCCAAGCGGAAGCUAGAUGUCCCCGAGGACCCCCAGCAGCACCAGUACCGGGAGCUGGUGCGGCUGGUGAGCCUGCAGCGGGAGAGGCUGCACGGCCAGCAGGAGGAGCUCUCCCGCUGCGACGCCGAGCUGUCACUGUGGGAGGACAGCCGAGCUGCGAGGGCGGAGGCGGAGCGACUGGAGCGGGCCCUGCUCCGGGGCCAGGCGGAGCUGGAGCGCCUGGAGCACGGUUCCUCGGACGCCAGUCCAGCUUCGGAAAGCGCAAGCGGCGGCACGGCUCCGCUGCAGGAGCAGGCCCGGCUCUGCCAGCAGGAAGAGCGGACGCUCCGCUCGGAGCUCACCCUCGCCCGCUCGCAGCUGGCCAACUGCGAGACCCGCCUGCUCCAGUGCCAACAGAGGCUGUGCCAGCUUGGACACGAGGUUGCAGAAGAGCAGCGUCGUCGGCUACUGCUUGAACAGCAAAUUCAGCAGCAGCAGCAACAGAAUCAGCUGAAUAACAACAACAUCAACAACACCGUGGCCAGCAGAUCAGCGGAUAAGGCAACGGCAGAACAGCUGGAGAGGGAGUUGGAGUCUCUCGACAGUGCGCUCGAAGAACGGCGGCUAGUCUUGGAUCGGCUAGCGCAAGAUUUGAGGGAAGCCAACCUGCAGGCCCUGUCUCUUGCAGACGCUGACCACAAGCACUGGCUUGAGGCUGGUGGCUUCUACAAUCGUCCCGGCAGCACGCGCAAGAUCGUCGGCUCACCACGACAGCUCGAAAGUGCGGUUCCCACAAACAAGAACCCAAACGGUGUCUGGGUGUGACGGGGGACCGAGAGAUCACCGCGAACCCCCAAAGACUUUGUUGAAUUGCAUUCCUGCUAGAAGUUGAUUUACGUUCACUCUUUUUAAGUUUCUUCCUCGAAGGGCCACGACCGAAAGGUAGACCACUGUUACCUCGCAAACGAACCUCGGAGAGUUUCUGCGUGCCGCACGUGCAUUACGAGGGCACGAAGAGAGGCAUUGGUAGUGGAAUGAGCUAGUUCAUGCAGCGUGCGCUGUUCGCGCGUCUUGUUUGAAGUGUGUGCCGUAGGCAAGUGGGUGGGAAAGCCAUUGUUGGAGACGACAGAACGAGAAAGGACUAUUUAUUUCUCCCAAUUCUUUUUUUCCUACAAGUUCCUUGGGGGGGGACGAGUAAGCAGUUGCAGCAAAACAAAUGCAUUUUUAGAAAAAUACCAAGUUUUUAUGUGGAACUGUUAUUGUGUGGAUGCAUACAUGGAUAUAUAAUCUUGAUUGCCUGGAAGGCACUAACAGAAUCUUACUGCUGACUUGGGUAAAGGAUAGCGAAAAGUACAGUAUUUUUGCCUGCCCCGCCCCACAAUUUUUUUUUUUUUUUUUUAAUUUACGAGUUUUAUUGUUUAGUUUGCAUUCUGUGGAACUCUGUUUUUUCUGUGCGAGUUUGGUACUGCAUUCACUGGGCUUCCCAGUUUUCCGAAUGCAUUAGAUGUUGCCCUUUCUUGCCUAAUUCAUUUUUGUAUUGUCUGGUACAUGCAAAACGUUUGCAAAAACUUUGUUGUUUGUGUUGAGACCGUCCUCAUUCCAGGCAUUUACGUGCCGUUUUUCCCACGGGUGAUAACCAACCGGCAUUUAAGAAAUGACGGGUUUCAGGAGAUUUCGGGGACAGAAAAAAACAUGAUUGCAGUGU